CGCAUGCUCAUUAUAAAUUUUAUGUCCUUGAACUUUUCGCGCCAAUUCCGCGCGUAAGUUUUGUACAAAUUUUUAGAUCAUUCCUUCCAAUUAAGUAUGCCCAAAAGAAAAGUGAUUGAUUUAGAGGCAAACUCUGGUGAUUCAGGGUCAAAAAGAGGUUUUGAGUCUGCCUCAUUCUAUAACCCUUCAAAGAGGAUAAAGCAGGGGUAUCUCUCCCCUUUAGAGAGGGCUGCGCUUCGUCAAAAGCAGACUUCUGAAACUCAAUCGGAUGAAAACAUAAAUUUGACUGUUUCACCUAAACUUCAGAAAAAUUCGCCGAGACAUGCUAGAAGCACAUUAAAAAAAUACUCGAAGAAGUCUUCUAUACAAACCGGUGCUCCUAAACUGACAGGAGCGUCAUCAAAUAAAGAAGUGGAACAGGAGAAAAAUGAAAAAAAGUUUUUUAAGAAUAAAUCAAAAAAAUCCAAAGUCAUAAUCAACAAAAAUGGUGCAUUAAAAUUCCAAGUAUUAAACUCUCCAAUAAAGAACAAAAAGGUCAGAAAACAACGAAAGAAAGCUACCAAAGGUAAGAAAACGGUAGCGGAACAACCGUCUUCUACUAAUGAUAAAGUUGACAAAAAUAUAUCUAGUCCUAAAAGUGAAACUCAGAGUAAAGUAUCGGCUGACGAAGGCUCAAUUGAUAUUGAAUCCGAUGUUGACUCUAAAAAACAGGAAUCUCCAAAAACUGCAAAAGAUAUAUACUCCGAAACUUCUGAUUUAGAUGUGGAUGUUAUGAGAAGGGACAGCGAAUUUAACUCUUCCUAUACAGGUGUGCCUAAAAAAAAGGUUCAGAUGAUACUUGAUGCUGGUCAAAAGAGAAUCGGUAUGCAAAUUUGUAACACCUGCGGUAUGACCUACUUUUUGGGUAAUAAGGAGGACGAGGCUUUACACGCCAAACUCCACGCUAAAAAUCCAUUCAAAUUUCCGGGAUGGAAAACUGAAAAAGUAAUGCAAUUUUUGCCAAAUGGAGAUAGAAUUAUAGUUAUAACAUCUGAUAAUAAAGCUCAAAUGAGAAAGCUAAAGCAAAUUGAAAGCGUCCUGAACACGGAAUUUGGAACGCCUAAUGAAGUUGAGCAAAAUUACUGUGUUACUUAUUUGUAUAUUAGCGAUAAAAAUGUUGUUGGCUAUUGCGUUGCGACAAAAAUAAGCAAGGCUAAUAGAAUCAUUGAUUCUAAUGAUGAUGGACUUAUAGAAACUUCGGAAACAGAAGGACCCGCCAGAUGUGGAAUAUAUAGGAUUUGGGUACACAGAGACUCAAGAAGGCAAAAAGUUGCCACUAAGAUGUUGAACUGCAUAAGGCAAAGCUAUAUUCUUGGGCAAGUCUUGGAGAAAGACGAUCUAGCUUUUUCUGAUCCAACCAAUGAUGGAAAUUGUUUAGCUACUAAAUAUUUUGGGACAAAGAAUUAUCUUGUAUAUAAGAAAAUUUAAUUAAAAGUUUUAAUGAAUGUUGUGCCAUUCAUGCUAACAAAAUGAAAACGAAAACAAUAUUCCAUUUCAUGUCAUUCCUUUUUUUUGCAAAAUGUGAAUUUUGAACUAAUACAAAAAUUUAAUAUCGGA